AUGCCUCUAUUUAAUUCAUUAUGCUGGUUUCCAACAAUUCAUGUGACUCCUCCAUCUUUUAUUCUUAAUGGAAUACCUGGUCUGGAAAGAGUACAUGUAUGGAUCUCCCUCCCACUCUGCACAAUGUACAUCAUCUCCCUUGUGGGGAAUCUUGGUCUUGUGUACCUCAUUUAUUAUGAAGAGUCCUUACAUCAUCCGAUGUAUUUUUUUUUCAGCCAUGCUCUCUCCCUCAUUGACCUCCUUACCUGCACCACCACUCUACCCAAUGCACUCUGCAUCUUCUGGUUCAGUCUCAAAGAAAUUAACUUCAAUGCUUGCUUGGCCCAGAUGUUCUUUGUUCAUGGGUUCACAGGUGUGGAGUCUGGGGUGCUCAUGCUCAUGGCUCUAGACCGCUGUGUAGCCAUUUGCUACCCUUUGCGUUAUGCUACCAUACUCACCAACCCUAUCAUUGCCAAGGCUGGGCUUGCCACCUUCCUGAGGGGUGUAUUGCUGAUGAUUCCUUUCCCAUUCUUGGUUAAGCGUUUGCCUUUCUGCCAAAGCAAUAUUAUCUCCCAUACGUACUGCGACCACAUGUCUGUAGUAAAGCUAUCUUGUGCCAGCAUCACGGUCAAUGUAAUCUAUGGUCUAAUGGUUGCUCUCCUGAUUGGAGUGUUUGACAUUUGUUGUAUAUCUUUGUCUUACACUUUGAUCCUCAAGGCAGCGAUCAGCCUCUCUUCAUCAGAUGCUCGUCAGAAGGCUUUCAGCACCUGCACUGCCCAUAUAUCUGCCAUCAUCAUCACCUAUGUUCCAGCAUUCUUCACUUUCUUUACCCACCGUUUUGGGGGGCACACAAUUCCCCCUUCUCUUCACAUCAUUGCGGCUAAUCUUUAUCUUCUUCUUCCCCCAACUCUAAACCCUAUUGUUUAUGGAGUAAAGACAAAACAGAUACGAAAGAGUGUAAAGUUCUUCCAGGGUGAUAAGGGUGCAGGUUGA